CUGCCGUCAACACCAGUCGCCCCAGUCUUCUUCUCUCCCUCUCUCCCUCAAUCCCUCGUUGCGCCGGCCUCCACCGCACUCCACCAGACAUGGCUGGUGCGGUUCGUCGGAGCCCAAAUCCGCCCCCCGGAGCACGGAUCUAUCCGCAUUGAUCCUCUCCGCGGACGCCGGGAGACCAAUCGGUCGACCCCGCGCACGCUGGGAGGCUAAGCCGUACUCCAGUCCAGUGGCGCGGAUCUGACUCGAAAGAAGAGACUUUAAUUUCCCCUGCAUUCCCCAUCCAGCCUUCACCAUGGAAAAUAUCAAGGCGCACGUGUACCAUUAGCGAGGAGCGUGUCAUGGAUAUUCAACCGCCCAUGGACAUUCUGCUAUCUUGUAAAGUGCUUGCCUGUCGCCCUGGAAAAUAUCUCGCCUCCGGUUCGUCUCAUAUCAACAGGCUACCAUUAUCUGGUUUUCUCCUAAAUGAUUCUUUUACUGUGGAAUGCACCAUCACCGUGCUUAAGGAGGAUCUGCCAGCACUAGCAGCAACAACCCGAGCUAAAGAAGUGUCUGGGUCUGGGUCAUCACCUAGCUUGCAAGACCACUUGGCUGAACUCCUGCGUACUGGAAUGGAAGCGGAUGUCACAUUUCUUGUGUCCGGCAAGUCUUUCGCUGCGCACAAGCUCAUUCUUGCUGCAAGGUCCCCUGUACUGAUGGCGGAGUUCUUUGGGGACAUGAAGGAGACGAGCUCUCGGUUUGUGGAGAUCAAGGACAUGAAAGCAGAGGUAUUCGAGCCGUUGCUUUACUUCAUCUACACUGAUCCUGUUCUGGAAUUCAGUCUUCAGCAUGAGAGAGUGACCAUGCUGGCUCAGCAUCUGCUCGCAGCUGCCGACAGGUAUGGAUUGGACAGGCUUAAGCAGAUCUGCGAAGGCAAGCUCUCUGAUGGCAUUAGUGUCGACACGGCAGCGACAACUCUGGCUUUAGCCGAGCAGCACAACUGCCCACAGCUCAAGGUUAAGUGUGUCGACUUCAUUGUUAGUACUCCUGCAAUCCUUGAUGCUGUGUUGGCGACGGACGGAUAUAAGCAUCUGGAGGCAAGCUGUCCUACGGUGUUGCCUGAGCUUCUCAAGUCUGCGCGGGGCAGAAAGAAUUGAAGGGUAACCAGGGAGGAGUGCUAGCUAGGCCCAAGAUUUUAAUAUGCCCGUACUCUUUGUUUAUGGUUUCCAUGCAUGUGUGGUCUAGUAGAAACCUGUGUCUGUAAUCGCCUAAAAUGGAAAAGUUAGUAUCCAUCUAUAUAUGUUAUGAGCAACUUAAUGCUUGCAUUUCCUCUCCAAUUUGAUCUAAUUUAAUCCUAAUGCUCUAGAAUUUUGUGUUUCUAUUCUUCUGUGCUUGUCAAUAUUUGCACAAGCUGAUACAUAUGUGUGUACAGCUUGAUAAAAAUUUGCUGUUUCAGUUAUGUUAA